UUGGCUACAGUGGGUUCUUACGUAUAAGUGAAAUACUGGCCAUUCAAUUAAAGCAUAUAGAAAUUGUUUCGCAUGGUAUGUCUAUAUUUGUCCCAAGACGUAAGAACGACCAGUUUCGAUCGGGAAAUACGAUUCAUAUAGCCAGAUCGGGCAAAUCCACUUGUCCGGUGGCUAUUACCGAGCGACUGUUCCAAAUGUUACCUGACAAUUCUGAUUCUUGUAAUCCAGUUGUACGUAGAAUUAAGUACGGUAAAGGUGGCCGGAGCUUUCAUGAGUCCCGUGGAAUAUCUUAUACUACGGCGAAAGACAUAAUCAAGAAAAACUUGGGUAUAUUUUUUGACGAUCUCAGGAAAUUGGGAACUCAUAGUCUAAGAAGCGGAGGUGCUUCAGAUCCCGGUUGUUCACAUUUAACAGAUUUAUCCUUGCAGGCCCAUGGUGGGUUUUUACCUCAAGUUCAUAUUGAGCAAACUUUAUUUUGUGAAUUAUUAUAG